AUGGUUCAAGUAAAGAAUAUUUGCUGUAUUGGAGCCGGUUAUGUGGGAGGACCUACGUGUGCCGUUAUUGCUUAUAAAUGCCAUCACAUAAAAGUCACUAUUGUCGAUUUGAACACAGAUCGCAUUGCUGCGUGGAAUUCACAUCAACUUCCAAUAUACGAACCGGGGCUUGACGAAGUGGUGUUUGAAAGACGGGGGAAAAAUUUGUUUUUCACUACAGAGAUUGAGGAUGCUGUUAACGAGGCUGACCUUAUUUUUGUCUCUGUUAAUACACCGACGAAAAAGAGUGGAAUGGGUGCUGGUUUUGCUGCAGAUUUAGUAUAUGUAGAAUCUGCCACUCGAGGCAUUGCUUCGGUCGCUAAAAGUUCAAAAAUUGUAGUUGAGAAAUCUACUGUUCCGUGUCGUACUGCCGAAAGUAUGCGUACUAUACUAGAAACAAAUUCUACGGGAAAUCUUCGAUUUGAUAUUCUAUCGAAUCCAGAGUUUCUUGCUGAAGGUACUGCGAUAAAAGAUUUACUAUAUCCCGAUCGUGUGUUGAUUGGUGCAUUACAAACACCAGAAGGCAGAAAAGCACAACAAGCAUUAGCAGAAGUAUACGCUAAUUGGGUGUCAACCGAUCGCAUAAUCACAACGAAUCUUUGGUCCUCUGAAUUAUCAAAACUAGCAGCUAAUGCGUUUUUGGCACAACGGAUUUCUUCAAUUAAUGCAUUAUCAGCACUCUGUGAAGCGACAGGUGCAGAUAUUGACGAAGUAGCAUACGCAUGUGGCCGUGACGCACGAAUCGGUCCAAAGUUUCUAAAAGCAUCAGUCGGGUUCGGCGGAAGCUGUUUUCAAAAAGAUAUCUUAAAUCUCGUCUACUUAUCUGAACAAUUAAAUUUACCCGAAGUCGCCGCAUACUGGAAACAAGUGGUUGACUUGAACGAAUACCAAAAAAAGCGAUUCGUUGAACGAAUCAUCAAAACACUCUUCCACACCAUUACAAAUAAAGAAAUUGCGUUGCUCGGGUUCGCAUUCAAAAAGGAUACCGGCGAUACACGGGAAUCGGCCGCUAUCACAUUAUGUAAACAUUUUAUUCAGGAACGGGCGACAGUUCGUAUAUAUGAUCCGAAAGUUGCGGAUGAGCAGAUAUUUCUGGAUUUGACUGAACCGGGUAUUGUAAUCACGCGUUCUCCUUACGACGCGUCUCGAAACGUUGAUGCGAUUGUAAUUGCAACAGAAUGGGACGAAUUCAAGGAGCUAGAUUAUACGCGUAUUUACAAAAACAUGAAGAAACCAGCAUUCAUUUUUGACGGUCGUCUAAUUUUGGAUGCUGAUAAAUUACAGAAAAUUGGAUUCCGAGUUCAUACUAUUGGGCGUAAAGAAAACGAAAAAUAG